GCUUUAUUUUUCGUCAUGGAUAUUCUUCUUCAAAUAUAUGUAGUAGGGAAACAACAUUAUUUUUCUGAUGUAUUUAAUGUCUUCGAUUCUAUCAUUAUUGGGGUGACUUUGGCAUUUGACCUCUUGUACAUGCUUUUUGACUUUCACAGCAAUGUCUCCAGAUUCACCAUUUUAUUUCGACCUCUGCGACUUAUCAGUCUGAUCAGAAUGUUUCAUUUGGCUUACCAAAAAAGACAACUUGAAAAGCUGACCAGAAGGCUGGUUUCAGGAAACAAAAGGAGAUACACAAAGGAUGGAUUUGACCUGGACCUCACUUACAUUACUGAUCGUAUUAUUGCCAUGUCAUUUCCAUCUUCUGGAAAGCAGUCUUUCUAUAGGAAUCCAAUUCAGGAAGUUUCACGAUUCUUAGACUUGAAGCAUGAAAACCACUAUCAAGUGUAUAAUCUAUGCAGUGAAAGAAGUUAUGAUCCUAAGUACUUCCAUAAUAGGAUCCAUAGAAUCAUGAUUGAUGAUCAUAAUGUCCCUACUUUGAAAGAGAUGGUGGUGUUCUCCAAUGAAGCAAAUGCGUGGAUGGCUCAAGAUGAUAAAAAUAUCCUAGUGAUUCACUGUAAGGGAGGCAAAGGAAGAACUGGAACUAUGGUUUGUGCCUGCCUUCUUGCCUGUGGAAUGUUUUUAACUGCAGAGGAAAGCCUUAAUUUUUUUGGACAAAGACGAACAGAUAAAAGCAAAAGCUCUAAAUAUCAAGGAGUAGAAACUCCUUCACAGAGUAGAUAUGUGAGGUAUUUUGAAAAAGUGAAAAGUGACUACAAGUGGGAUCUACCUCUAAGACAAAAUUUCAUUAUAAAAAAAUUCAUCAUUUAUUCAAUUCAUGGCAAUGGAACUGAUCUAAAAAUACAUAUAGUAAUGCAUCGGAAGACUGUCUUUUCUUCUAGUUCCAGUAACUGUAGGAUAUUUCAUGACAUUGAAUCAGACAGAGUAAUAUUUAUUAUAAUCAACAGUCCAGUUCUCUAUGAUGAUGUGAAAGUACAGUUUUUCUCCACAGAUCUUCCUAAAUACUAUGACAACUGUUGUUUUUUUUUCUGGUUUCACACAUCUUUUAUAAAAAAUAACAGGCUUACUCUAACAAGAAAUCAAUUGGACAAUCCCCAUAAACCAAAAACAUGGAAAAUUUACCGUCCAGAUUUUGCAGUAGAAGUGUAUUUUGAUGAAACAACCCAAAAUUAAUGCUAUAUCUGGUAUCUGAUUAAAUACAGUUCCCCUUCUCAGACUGAAUCAUCUUCUUUCCAAUCUCUAAUACAUUUUUUGUGUAUUUUUUCUUCUAAACCUAUGUCCUUGCUGGUAUGUGUAUGUG